AUGUCCCGGCUGCGCCUCUGGCUCCUCCUUACCUGGCAACCGUUGUGGCUUUUGGUUCAGGCUGCUCAGCCUCUGGAGUGGGCCCAGGGCCCUGUCCAGUUGACCUCGGACCCCCCAGGGCUGACUGAGCCCUGGUCUUCACACUCCUCUGACCUCCCGCCCGAAUCGCCCCAUGCACUCACACCCCUGGCAGAGCCGGGGGUUUUUAAUUACUUGACUUCCUCCUCUCCAGACCACAUGUUGGCCCUGCCUCAUGAGGAUCUGAGUGAGACUCUGGUUCCAUACCUGGACUCGGAUUCAGCUGGAGAGCUGUUGGCAGAGCCAGAUAAGUUUGCUAUUCUACACGAGGAUCUGGAUGACAAGCUAACCCAGCAUCAAAAGCUCCCAGCAGCGGUUCCAGUGCUAGAUUGGGAUCAGAAUCAAGCCUUGGUUCUGCCUCCUCGACACAAAAGUAAGGCUAAAACUGUAGGUCUAGAUCAGGCUGAAAAUCACCAAUCAUUUGAAAUACUUGUUCCACCUCUAGGUAGUAAGAGCUCAAAACCAACGAAGUUUAUUGUUUCACCCUCAAACCUGAAGAAAGAUCUUGUUAAGCAUCGACCUCUUGCCAAAGUUGUUGUUGGAACUACAAGACAACUUGGAAAAAAAAAUCAGGGCCUAGAAGAACUGCAGGAUGAUUAUUUAGAUUCCAAUAUGGAUGCCUUUUAUCCUGAGGAGAGCCUACCUACGGAUUUUCUGGGGAGCCCAGAUCAACCUCCAGAGCCCCCUGAGGCUGAAAUUUCUUCAUCUCAGCAGGCGUACCACACUCGCCGACCAUUGCCCACCGAGCAGUUGGAAUCUUUAUCCCAACAAGAGUCGCCUGAGGAGGCUGAAUCUUUUUCAUCCCAGGAGGAGGCCCAGGCUCAGCGUCUGGAGCCCACUGAAGAGGUAGAACCACCUCUACUUCAACAGGAGGCUCUGUCUCAGCCUUCAGAGGCCCCUGAGGAAGUAGAAACCUCAAGCCCUGAGGAGGCCCUAGCCCAGCCUUUGGAGACACCUAAGGAGACUGUAGCUCAACCAGUAGCACAUCAUAAAGUUCAGCAGUCACUCUUGCACAAUGUCACUGUUAAACCUCUGGAUCUGGUGCUUACCUUGACUCCAGAGGUCACUAAAGAGGUGGAACCUUCUCCAGUCCAGCAGGAGGUCCUAUCUCAGCCUCCAGAGCACUUUGAGGAGGUUGAACCUCUUCCAGCCCAACAGGAGGGCCCAUCUGAGUUUCCAGAGCAACAGGAAGGGGUUGAAACUCCAGUCCAGCCAGAGGACCUAUCUCAGCCUGCAAAGCACCCUGAGACAGUUGCAUCUGUGCUCCAUCAAGAGACCCCAACUCAAGCUCCAGGGUUCCCUACUGAGUAUGUACUCCAAAUUCCAAUUAGCGAUGAGGUAAUAGUUCAACAUGGCAUUCAACAUCAGGUUCAUUCAAACCUGCACAAUGUUACAUUUCAACCUCAUAAUUUGAAACUUGCCAUCACUCCUACAAUCAUUAAGAAAACUAAAUUUCCUGCAACUCAGCAGAAGCCUCCAGAGACCCUGGGGGAGGUUGAACUUUCAAGUGAGCAGGAGCAACCAGCUCAGCCUUCUGAGCUUACUGGGGAAGUUGAAGCUAUUCCAAGCCAGCAGGAGACCACAGGCCAGACCCCCGAGGAAGUGGAGCCUUCUUCAAGUGAACAGGAGCAACUAACUCAGCCUUCUGAGCCUACUGGGGAAGUUGAACCCUCUCUCACCCAGCAGGAGACCCUGACUCAGCUGUCAGACUCUUUUGGAGUAGCUGGAUCUUCUCCAGUCCAGGAGGAAGAUGCUGCUCUGUCUCCAGAGUCCCCUAAUGAGGCUGAAUCUUUUCCCACCCAGCAGGAGACUCUAGCUCUGUCUCCAGUGGAGACAGAAUCUGCUGCAACCCUGGUGGAGCAACCUACUCAACAUUCAAGCAUAUCCAAUGUCACUGUCAAACCUGCAGAUCUAGAGCUUACCCAUGAGCAACCAGCUCAGCCUCCAAAGGACACCAACGAUGCUGCUACUCAACCUUUAGUAGAGAAUGAGCCCCCUCAGAAUGUAGGAUCUUCUCCAAACCAAGAGGAGUUCCCAGCCCCACCCCUUAAAGAGAUAGAACCUUCUCCAGCCCAGCAGGGCUCCCCAUCUCAGCCUCCAGUGCCACCUACAGAGGUUGUAGCACAAACUCCAAUGCUUUAUGAGGUGACAGUUUCAACACCAGGACAGGAUCAGACUCAUCAUUCAAACUUAACCAGUGCCACCAUCAAACCUUUGGCCCAGAAGCCUACCAUAACUCCAGAACCUUCUACACCCCUGGAGGCGACAAUUCCUAAUCCAGAGCAGGUUCAGGUUCAACAUCCAACCUUGACUGAGGUCACAGUUCAACCUUUGGACCUUGAACUGAGCAUAAAGUCAGAGCCUACCAAGGAGGAAGAACCUUCUCCAACCAUGCAGGAGCUACCACCUCAGCCUGUAGAGCCACCUAAGGAGGUUGUGGCUGAUUCAACUCCAGGCCAGUAUCAAGCUCAGAAUCCAACACUGCCAAGCAUCACAGUUCAGCCUCUCAACCCGGAGCCUACUGUAACUCCAGAGCCUACUGUAGAAGCUGAAUCUUCUACAGCUCUUCGUCCCAAACCCCCUGAGGUGACACUUCCAAAUCCAGAGCAAGUUCAGUCUCAAUUGACAGAAUUCACAGUUCAACCUUUGGACCUGGAACUUACCAUAACUCCAGAAUCUACGAAUGAGGCUGAAUCUUCUCCAGCCAUGCAGGAGACCCCAGCUCAGCAUCCAGUGCAGCAAGAGGUGACUGUCCCAAUGCCAGCUCAGAGCCAACUGCUGCCCAGUGUCACAGUUCAACCAUCGGGCCAGAGGCCUAACACAAUUCCAGAACCUACGACAGAGGCUGAAUAUUCCACAGGCCUACAGCAGACUGCAGCUAUUCCACCAUACCCCGAGUUAACACAGCCACAUCCAAAGCCAGUUCAGUCUCAGCGCCCAGCCUUGAGUGGGGUCACCUUCCAAUCUUUGGACCUGGAACUUACACUAACUCCGGAAUCCACUGUGGAGGUUGAACCUUCUCCAACUGCGCAGCAGACCCAAGCUCAGCCUCCGGACCUGGAGCUUACCGUAACUCCAGAGCCUGCUACAUCUGAACAUUCUACUGCCCUGCCACAGACCACAGCUCCUCCUCCAGAACAGCCUGAGGGGACACUUGCCCAGCCAAACCUGACUGAAGUCACGAUUCAGCCUAUGGACGUGGAAGUUAACGUUACCGCAGUGAAUAAUACAGAGGCUGAACCUCCUCCAACCCUUCAGGAGACCCCAAGCAAGGAUCAAAGAAAGAAGCAACCAGUACAGAAUGCCACCACAACCAUCAAUGUAUGUAAGCUCUGUACCUGCAAAGAUGAGACGCUGUCGUGUGUUGGUCUGAGUGCAAAGCAGAAGCUCCACAGAGUGCCUGAGCCAGGGCCCAACUCCUACAAUGGCACCUUCACCAUCUUAAAUUUCCAAGGAAACUAUAUUUCUUACAUUGAUGAAAAUAUAUGGAAGGCAUACCGUUGGGCUGAGAAACUAAUUCUCAGUGAAAAUUCUUUGACUGAAUUACACAAGGACUCAUUUGAAGGCUUGCUAUCCCUCCAAUAUUUAGAUUUAUCCUGCAAUAAAAUACAGUCUAUUGAAAGACGUUCAUUUGAACCACUUCCUUUUUUGCAGUUUAUAAAUCUUGGUUGCAAUUUACUCACAGAACUGAGCUUUGGAACAUUUCAGGCCUGGCAUGGAAUGCAGUUUUUACACAAGUUAAUUCUCAAUCGUAAUCCUUUGACAGCAGUGGAAGAUUCGUAUCUUUUUAAAUUGCCAGCAUUAAAAUAUUUAGACAUGGGAACAACACAAGUGUCACUCACAACAAUUGAAAGCAUUCUCAUGAUGACCCUUGAAUUGGAAACACUGAUCUUACCUAUCCGAAUGGCCUGCUGCCUCUGCCAAUUUAAAAAUACUAUUGAGGUUGUCUGCAAGACAGUCAAACUGCACUGUGACAGUGAUUGCCUGACAAACGUCACAUUUUGUGAUGAGAACGCAUCUAUAGGGAGUGCAGAAGGGUCGUUCAUGAAGGUGUUACAGGCCCGGAAGAAGAGCACCAGCACGGAGCUGACCAUUGAGCCCGAGAGGGCGUCCUCAGACAAAAGUGCGGUCAGUCUGUCAGCCUUCAUGAAUGAGCAGCUGGACUUUAACGACGAAAGUGAUGUGAUCAGCGCACUGAACUACAUACUGCCUUAUUUCUCAGAGGGAAAUCUAGAAGAUGUUGAGUCAACAUUAUUGCCCUUCAUUCAACUUCUUUUUACAAAUGCCCAUGAGGGAGAUAUGCCACUGGGCCAUUUCAAAAACAAUACAAAGAACCCUUCUGUUAAGCCUAUAUACAACAAUUCGACUUAUAAAAAUAAAUUGAGGAAACUCUACUUUCUGGAAAACUUGUUAGAUGCAGAAAUUCAAGAAAAAAUUGAUGAGGUUAAAAAGAAAGAAAAAACGGCCAUGCUUAUCCAUGCCAACCUUUUGGGUCCCAAAUUUAAACGCCAGAUCUUUCCGAAGAAACUGGAAACAGCCCAAUCACAGGAAAACAGCCUAGCUGAGAUUGAGAACCCAGGGCAAAGGCUGCUCAGAGUGAACAGGGUCCUCAAGCGCCCGAGGGGCCUACAGAAAAGGCACUUCAAAGAUGCGGGAGAUGAGAGCAGCGAGAAGAAACAGAAUGCCCAGCCAAUUGUGGAGAACACUGCCAAAGAAAGAAGGCUCAGGAGGCCAUCCCCAAGGGAGCUGGACGCGCUGGACAUGGUGCAGAGGCCCAGGAAGUUAGUGGGGAACUCCUUCAACACAGAGCCUUCGUUCAUAAAGGAACACAAGGCAGCAGUCUCUUCUUUUCUGAAGCAGUACUCUCGGGGCAGGCCUUCCGACCCCCUCCCUCCAAAACCCCAACCUGAGGUUCAAAACAAAUCCAAAGACUUAUCCUACACCAUUUUCAUUUUAGAAGAUGCCGACGCUAGAGUGAGAAACAUGAAGUCUUCCAAACCAGUCUCGCAUUCCAGAAAAAAAUACCUCUUCCAUAAAGCUCGCUCUCGGGUGGCCCACAAAACACCAAAGGCCAAAACUAGCCGAAAGCUGAGAAAGAAAGGUUCAUUCAGUAGAAUGAUGCUGGCCAGAAGGCCUCUGUUCUCUGCAGUGAGGAGUCUCAUCAAUUCCCCUCCACGAGAGGCAUUUUCAUCUUCAGGAUUACUGGAUCCUCAGGAAAAUCGUUUUUCAGAAUUAUAUUCUCUUUCAGACCCUCCUAAAGAAAACUCUAGUUCAGUGAACAAUACUCCACAUGUUUCUGAAGCAGUUAUCUCUUCGGGAAACAAUACUCUGCCCAAAGAAACCAGACCUAGAAUCACCGCCCAUAGUAAUGUCUCCAGUGCACAUGCUACUGCUGCUGUGGACUUCAUGCCACCUGUUCAGCACACCAACGAAACACAAUGGGAGUACCACAACGUGGGCAUUGAGUUCGCCUCUAAGCCCCCAAGUAUCAGUUUCCCAGUGCUCUCCCCAGGCGAUCAGUUUGAAAGUCAGCUUAACCAGCAGCUACGGUCCCUCAUCCCCAACAACGACGUGAGAAAACUCAUUGCUCACGUCAUCCGGACUUUGAAAAUGGACUGCUCUGAGACCCACGUGCAGCUGGCCUGCGCCAAACUCAUCUCCAGAACAGGCCUCUUGAUGAAGCUUCUCAGUGAGCAGCAAGAAAUAAAGGUGUCCAAGGCAGAAUGGGAUACGGACCAGUGGAAAACUGACAACUACAUCAAUGAGAGCACAGAAGCCCAGAGUGAACAGAAAGAGCAGGAGUCCAGUGAGCUCACAAAAGAAGUUCCAGGUUACGGCUAUAACAACAAACUCAUCUUGGCAAUAUCUGUGACUGUAGUAGUGAUGUUUUUGAUUAUAAUGUUCUGUCUCAUUGAGAGACAGAAACAGGGCUUUUUUGGAUUCCUGCUGCGUAAGAGGAGCUCAGGGACAAGUGAGAGUCAGGAGGGCUUUUUCUGGAGGCGGCGGCCACUUUGGCUUCGGGACAUGUACAGGCCUCUCAACGCCACACGCAAGAAAAACAUGGCGCAGAAGCUGCACGACAAGGAGUCUUCAGAAGAGGAUGAGAUUUUCAAUAAGGAUGCAGGGGGGGCCCCUGCAGCACCGACAGAGGAGGCUCCUCCGGGCACAGACUCGGCUGCUGAAGAGCCAACGGGGGAGGAGAGCGAGGCAGCCGCCGACACCGCCACAGAGUGA